UGGGGUCACGGGGAAAUGUGGAUCCCAGAGGAAUUGUUGUCACAGGGAUGUGUGACCCCCAGGAUGUGUGGGGACACCCUGGGACAGAGCGGUCACAGGGAAAUGUGGAUCCCAGAGGAAUUGUCGCAGCGAUGUGUGACUCCUGCAGGAGGCGGGGGUGGGGAGCUGGGCUCACAGGGGUGUGAGACCCCCGUGCCGUGCAAUCUGCACCACGGGGCUCACCCUGGGCCCCCAAACCUGAAGUGGGGCGCUCAUUACCCGCCACCCUUGGGGUGCUCCCCCCCGCACCGGCCCCGGUGCCCUCCCGGUGCCCGCGGCAGGUCCCGCCGGUGCAGCCGGCGCCGCUCCCCCCGCUCGGAGCCGGAUCCCCGCCGCCCCUCCCCGGUAGUGCGUCCCGCCCCGCCCCGCUCCGCUCCGCUCCGCCGCGGGCAGCGCCGGCCCCGCCGCGCUCCCGGUGUCCGGCAUGGCCCUGUCGGUGCUCGCCGGUAUCUGCCUGGCCGCCACCCUCGCCAUGUUCGCCACCGGCCUGUCUGACCUGCGCCAGAUGUUGGCAACCAAGAGUGUGGAGAACAUCCAGUUCCUGCCCUUCCUCACCACCGAUGCCAACAACCUGAGCUGGCUGGGCUAUGGCUGCCUGAAGGGGGACGGGACAGUGAUCACCGUCAACGCCAUCGGGGCAGCUCUGCAGACCCUCUACAUCCUGGUGUAUCUGUACUACAGCCCUGUCAAGCGCCCCGUGCUGCUGCAGGUCCUGCUGCUCCUGGCUGUGGUGGUCACUGGCUGUGGCUACUUCACCAUCCUGGUUGACACAGGGACACGCCUGACACACCUGGGGCUCUUCUGCAGUGUCUUCACCAUCAGCAUGUACCUCUCACCGCUGGCUGACCUGGUCCCCAACGUGCCAGGGAUCGUCACCAGCCUCGUGCGGUUCUGGCUCUUCCAGCGGUACAGGCCAGAGCAGGACAAGCCCUACAGCGCCCUGCCCGCCUGAGGGGGCCCCUCAGGAGCACCCCAACUCUGGCCUGGGCUGGCCCCACCGCUGUCCCCUCGGCCACUCCCAGUGGGACACCAGGAAGGACCUCCUGCCUCCAGCCCUGCAUCCUUCAGCGAAGGCCCUGGAGCUCUCAGCGAAUCCUUUGGGGUACCACAAGCCCCUCAAACCCCAGGGUGGGAGGAAAGUUUUCCAUGCCUAUGGCCCUGCCUGGCAGCAGGAUUUUGAGGGGCAGGGCUUUUGAGUGGCUUCCAGGGGUCCACGUGUCACUUUUGUAUGGAUUCAAGUGCCUUUUAAUAAAUCACAGACUUCCCA